AUGAAGAAGCUCCUCAGCGCAACCGGAGACGCAGCUGCCGGAGACGUACCUAUAGACGUUAUUUGUAGCAUACUAUCGUAUCUCCCCGUCAAGUCGGUACUACGUUUCAAAUGCGUAUCAAAAUCAUGGUGCUCUCUAAUCAAUGAUUCUCACUUUAAAAAAUCACAUAUCCCUCAAUCACAUGAUCAGGUAUUUAUUUUCCGAAGUUCGGACAAGUAUUAUAGUUUCUAUGCUGGACUCUUUAUUGAUGUAAUAGUUUCAGGAGCAUCUAAGCCAAUGGAAUCACUCUUCACUCGUAUCCCUAAUCCACACAUAUGCAGUGGCACGAAAUUAUUGGCGGCUUGUGAUGGCUUGUUACUCGUGAGAAAUUGUGAUGAUGACCACUUAACUUUAUUGAACCCUUUGACUAGAGAGCAUCGUAAUCUGCAGGAUGUUAGAUAUGAUUUUCCGUCGUCAGGGUGCAGUUCUUUCUACGACUUGGGUUAUGAUUCGUCAACGGAUGACUACAAGGUAUUUCUCCGACAGUCAUUUGCUCUCUCUGAAAAGCCGCCGAGGGAGAUCAGAGGAGAGAUUAAUAUUCUCUCUGUGAAAACAAAUUGUUGGCGGAUGGUUAAAUAUUUUGAUGGAUAUGACGGCAAGAAUGCCGUAAAUCUAAAUGGAUCUCUGAAUUGGGCACUAAUGCACUAUUGUUCACCAGAAGAAGAUGAGUUUUCGACCGCCAAGAUUGUUUCAUUUUCUCUAGCAAACGAGACGAUAACAGAGAUGAAACUUCCUUGUUAUUACAGUCAAGGACGGAGAUAG